CUGCUGGGGGGUUGUAGCCUCGGUUUAUUUUUGUUGUUUCCAUAAAAAAAUUAUUUUGGGAAAGGUCGUCCCUUUGAAGUUUGUAUGCGUGGCGUCGUAGCGGGAAAAAAGGAAAAAAGCGGUGAAUAAUAAUAAUUUCUGUAGCACUAAAAAUAGUUGUGUUUCAAAAUAGCCUCUGAACGGUGAUUCCUGCGUUGGGCUUUAUUUGUGUGGUUGUUUUGGGGUUUUGUUCCCCAGUUUGCUGUACACCCAUGUUUCAUCCUCUUUCACUUUUUGAAGGGUUUAAGUUGUCUAAUGACGUCCUGAUGGUUUUAAUAAUACAAUUCCUGGUGCAUCAUGCCUAGAACAUGGCUGCUCCAUCCCUGCCGUUAUAUCCAAACCAUGGAUCGGAGUCACCCCGGAAAAAAAUAUAUUACAGCACAGCUGGGAUUUUAUUUUCUUCCUCCUUUUGCCUUUGUUUGCUCUGUAAGGGUUUGUCUUUGGGGAAAUUAAUUUGCAGGAUUAGCUCUGGAGGUGGAAUUUGCGAUUAAAUUUGUGCCGGCAGACAGACCUGGAGCGUGGAUAAGGCUUCAUUAAGGUUUGCUCUCCACAUCCUCGCUGAACUUCCCCGAAAAGUUUGGCCGCUGCAGGAACGUGGUGGGGAAGAAAACCUGGGCCUGGCUCUUGUGGUAAACGAUGAUUGCGUUUAUCUGAGGGCUGACUUACAGGAAAUACUCGGCGAUGAGUCCCGGUGCCCCUGGGCAGGACACAGCGGUUCGGGUUUCACCGGCGGAGUUGCUGCCCCUUCCCCGCUCCUGCCUUUGCCCGGGCUCUGGGAAUCAUCGCUGAUGGCAGCGCUCCAGCUCCUGCCCGGCAGGUGCUCACAGCACAGAGAACUCUUGUGGCAGCCCGAGCACAGAUAAUGCUCAAUUGUGGCUCAAGAACCCUCCCUGAGCGCCAUCGGAGAGGAUUAAGCCUUUGUUACCUGCCGUGAUUUGAGGAGUGGCUCUGGUGGAAUGUGAUUCUUCUUUUCCACUUGAAAGACAAGAGCUUGAAAGGCCACCUGAUCAAACAAAAUAGUCCCUGUGCUCUGAGAGUGCCCAGCUGAGGGCAGGGGACAAACAGGGCUCGGUGUCCUUUGUGAGCUGGGGACAGCAGGACAGAGCCUGGCACAUCCAGCACCUCGGCUGGGCCCCUCCUGGAGCUCCCCCUGAGCUGAUCCUGCAGAUCUGGCAGCUGGGAUAAUCUUCUUUUUUAUUAAAUAACAUCACAGGUUUUGUAGAAAUGAAGCUUUUUUAUCAAUUGAGUCCUAUAUUAUUAAUGAAACUCGCUGGUGUCAGAAUUUUGUUUUUCCCAAAAUUCCCCUUACCCAAAGCAUGGCUGGGUGGGAAUUAAUUUUCUUUCUAAGCCUGUCCUGACCUGUGAAUUAAGUUGGUUCCCAGGGCUCAGAGCUCCCAGAUGAAAACUUGUGUGUGUCCUGGCAUUUGGGGGUUUGUUAAUCUGUAAAAUGGGGAGUGAGCUCACCCAGUUGAGGUCCUGUUUCCUUUGAGCAGUGGGGGUGAAGCACACAGACAUGAUAAUAUUGCAGAUAUCUCAGCUGUUGCCCAGCUCCCUCAUUUCAGUUGGUUUUGCUGCUGUUUCUGUUUCCUUCAGUGGCCAUUGGCUGUUUUGCUGCUUCUCUCCCUUCUUUCCACACCCAAACUCUGAAUUUGCCAUUCCCCAAAGCUGCCAUUUCCUCAGCUUGUCAGUCAUUUUUCUGCUUGUGAUUCAAGCUGUGUAUCUGUCUGCAUCUCUGUCUCCUCACAGUUCUCAUUACAGACUGAGGAGCCUUUUCCUGGCAUUUCUCUGCACUUUCACUGCUGAAUUGGGUCCCACAUUCCUUAAUGAAGUCAACAAUUAACCUUGAGCUGGUCACUCAAACAGUUUCUGAUUAUUGAACAGUCACUGAGAAUUUUCACACUUCUUGAUUAAAGCCAUCCUGUAGUUUUGGCUGCUGCCAGUUGAGUGUACAAAGAAUUUGAUUUCUCAUGGAUCUUUAAAGAUCCUGUAAAAUGGAAUAAUUUUACUUUUCCUUUCCUCUCCCAGCUUCUCAUGCUAAGCAGCAGUAACCAGAAUAGUAUUUUGAGUAUAAAUUCAAAGUCCUUCAUCUAUUAUUGUGUGUUUUAUUGCAGUCUGGCUGAUUUGGGUUAUGGUAACUCACGUUGGAAGUCAUGACUUGGAAAAGCUGGAGGGUUUAAAAAUGCCCAUGAGCUCUUUUAGAUGGAAGUGGAUUCAUUCCCAUGGCACAGACUCUUGGCAGACAGAGAUGCCUGCUUCAAGUUUGGCACCAAAAUGUCUGAUUUUCAACCAGAGGUUGAGUUCAUUUUGAUUUUACAGCUGGGUGAACAAUCAGAAUAAUGUUCUACAUAAACCUGUUGGAGAACCUGAAGGUUUAUAUCAGCAGCCGCCCUCCGCUCGUGGUGUUCAUGAUCAGCGUGAGCGCCAUGGCCAUCGCCUUCCUCACCCUGGGCUACUUCUUCAAAAUCAAGGAGAUCAAAUCACCAGAAAUGACUGAGGACUGGAAUACUUUCCUCCUGAGAUUUAAUGAUUUGGACUUCUGUAUAUCCGAGAAUGAAACCUUAAAGCACCUCCUGAAUGACACCACGACCCCCGAGAGCACCGUGACCAGCGGGCAGGCCAGGUCUUCCACACAGUCCCCACAGACCCUCGAGGACUCUGGUCCCAUCAACAUCUCUGUCACCAUCACGCUGACCCUGGACCCCCUGAGACCUUUUGGGGGAUAUUCCCGCAAUGUCACUCACCUCAGCUCCACCAUUUUUGGGCACCAGAUUGGACUUUCAGGCAGAGAAUCCCACGAGGAAAUCAACAUCACCUUCACCCUGCCGGCUGCCUGGAAUUCCGAUGACUGUGUCCUGCACGGCCACUGCGAGCAGGUGGUGUUCAGCUCCUGCAUGACGGUGACAGCAGCCAGCAACGUGUUCCCAGUCACAGUUCAGCCACCACAUUGUGUUCCUGAAACCUACAGCAAUGCCACUCUGUGGUACAAGAUCUUCACCACGGCCAGGGACUCGAACACUAAAUAUGCCCAGGAUUACAACCCCUUCUGGUGUUACAAGGGAGCAAUUGGGAAAGUCUACCAUGCUUUAAAUCCCAAACUAACUGUCAUAGUUCCAGAUGAUGAUCGUUCUCUAAUAAACCUGCACCUCAUGCACACCAGUUACUUCCUCUUUGUGAUGGUGAUUACAAUGUUCUGCUAUGCAGUCAUCAAAGGCAGACCAAGCAAACUGAGGCAAAGCAACACAGAAUUCUGCUCUGAAAAGGUUGCUUUGUCAGAAGCAUAAAACCCUCUCUCCCUCUCCCGAGAGCGACCGAAACCAUUGCCUGCUGAACCCGGCCUGGGUCUAAACACUCUGUGAAUCCAUUACCUUGCAAUGUUGGUUUAUUCCAACCAAAGACAUUUCAAAGUGCCUGUAAUUGAUUUGUACAUAUUUAUAAAAGCAGAAUAUCCAGAGGAAUUCUGAGGAGAUGUGCUUGUCCCGUGGCGUGGUCGGGAUCCUCCUGGCCCUGCCUGGGCACAGCCCCACGUUGGUGUAGAUAACUGCAGUGAAAAGGUUCCACAGAGGCAGAUUUUUGUCUAGCUGCACCUGGGCAGGUGAAGAUGCCUUUGCAAGUGUCUCAAACCAACCAAGAGAUGUUUGGUUUUUUUGCCCAAUCUGUACAGUGUGUUUGAACCAAGUAUGCACCUUUGAUAUAAUCCUGCAUUUCCAAAGCCACCAAUCUACACCGUGAAUUCAAUGUGUGUUUGUGUGGCCUAAUACUUUAUUCCAUUUGCUCCUUGCUUGCAAGAAAAGAUAUCAACGUUUUAGAUUUUUUUUUUUUCUCUCUUUUGGAAGAAAAAAAAAGAUACAUAUUCACAUUUUAAUAGUGCUGUAUUUAGGACAAACUUGUGCUUUUAUUCAUAGUAAAAAAAUUAAGAAGUGAAGUCCCAUUUUAAACUGUUACUUACUGAAAAGAACUGUUUGAUUUUUUUAUUUUUUUUUGUUUGGUUUGGUUUUUUGAUAUUUCAUUUGGCUUGCUGAAUGCCAGAGAACCAGUCAGCACAGAGACUAUCUGGAAAACUUUUCCACUUGGCCUCCCAUCCCCAGCCCUCCAGCCAGGAUUGUGUGUCUCUGCUGCAGAGCAGCUUUCUGUCAGCCUUUUUUUUUUUUCCUUUUCCUUUUUUUCUUUUCUUUCUAGAAAGUGAAACUUAAUAAAAAGAUGUAUUGUGUUAGCAGCCUGCUGGGGCUCUGCACAGCCUUGGGCAAGUGCAAAGAGUGAAAGGAAAAGAAAUUCAGAGUUUGUUACAGAGCUUCACUCUGGGACUGUGCCUGCAGCUCUGAGGAGCAGCUGCCAAUGGCACUGCUGAGCUCUGGCCCAUUAAAUUCAUUAAAUUGCCAUUUACUGCUGUCCACUCAGGGGAAAAUGGCCACAAAAGUGGGGCUCUUAUGAGGAAGGUCAAAGAAUCCAGCCAGUGAAACCCCUGCUGUUCUCUGUGUCCAUUCUUCAGUCAGAGAUUUGCUUCUGUGCAUUUCUCCCUUCCCCAUUCUGCCUUUUGCUGGUUUUUUCUUCCUUGACUUGAGCAGUCUCCUUAAUUUCAGGGGUCAGGCUCUUCCUGCAGACAUUUCCACCACUGCUUUUAAAUCUCACUGGUUGCCUUAAUUGACUUUUCAUCUUUUCUCCCAUCUUUCUCAGGUGGUGUGACAGCUCUGCAUUCAUUCACUCACUCAUUCAUUCACUCACUCACUCUUUCCCACAGGCUUUUUUCCCUCUUCCUUUUGCUCCAACCUCCACAAAAGGAAAAAGCCAAGUGAGAAUCUCAUAGUCUCAGUGAUGCUGACAUAAAAUUCCCAUUUUCUUCCCUGCAGACACCACUGCUGCUCUGUGUGUGUUGGGACUUCAGUAAGUUCACGAGUCUUCAGGGUGUUUGAGCAGUCCCAGUUUCCUUCAGAACACGUUUCCUCCCACAAAAAUUCAGUUCCUUUACUGGGAUUUCCUGACAUGUUUUUCUCUAGGGAAUGUUAAAGCAAAGCUUUAGAGAUGGCCUGGUUUGAAGUUUAGGGAUAAAAAAGAAGCUCCCAGUUUUCUCCUGAUGCUGCUAUGGGCUGAUGCUGCUUCCCUGGGAUGAGGCAGGGAAGUGAAACAGGCCAAGAGCUUCUCCUGAGCUGUUCCUAAAUCCCAGCCUGAGCUGGUCCUAAAUCACACAAGCCCAGCCUUCCCUGUUAAUCCUCACUCCAAGAGCUGCCUCCGAGGGUGGCCUGAUCUGGGGACCAAAGGCAGGAAUAGGAGAUUGGGAGGGAGGUGGUGCAAAUCCUGAAAAUCCCCAAAAACCCUCCCGCCAUCACCUGACUCCUUCAGCAAAGCAAAUCCUUCCUCUUCCAACAAAUUCCGACUCCAAACAUCCCAGCUGGAAUUGGGGCAGUCAGGGAAACCAUUUGGGAAUGAAAGGAGCCUGCUUGACAACUUCUCCCCCACUUUCUGCACCCCCCAGGAAUCUUAAAGAUUGUGACCAUAAUGCAAAAGGGAAAACGUUGGAGAGUUGGAUGUUUUUGGCCUUAGUUCGUCCUUUUGCCCCCUGUAUUGCAGCAGGGAGGUGCAGGGUGUCCCAGCAGGCCAAAAUGCUGGAAUGCUGAGGAAUAUUGGAUUGUUCCCAGGCGAUGUACAAAGUUAAAUGCAGCCAAACAGAAGAGUUAAAACUUAAUAUUAAAGUUCAGAUCAUAUUGAUCUUUCCUUUUUUUGUUUUCUUUUUUCUUUUUAACUAUGACUUGAAUCAGUUUUGAUUCUAUUUGUACGUGUUUUCUUGUUCUUAGAAAGCUGCCAUU